GUUGUAACACAGUUGCACGUCGUCAAUUCGUUGACUUUUGGAAGCCAAACUCUCUAGAUAUUACAAGGCGUCAUUAACUACAUCAAUAUCUCAUUUCUUUGGUCAAAAUUCAGGCAUCAAUCAUCUAUCUCUCCACUAUCGAUAAUCAUGGCUUCUUCUUCCUCCUCAUCAGAGCAUAAAGUGUUCCUGAGUUUUAGAAGAGAGGACACCGGUAGAACUUUUGUCAGCCAUCUAUACCGUUCGUUGGAUCAAAAAGAAAUUCGAACUUACAAAUUUGAAAACCAGCAGGCGGGAGACGGAAAGAGGAUAUCUUCUGAGGUCAAGCAGGCUAUCAACGAGUCUAGGAUUGCUGUCGUUGUGAUAUCGGAGAACUACGUCUCUUCCGUCUUGUGCUUGGACGUACUCGCGAAGAUAAUUGAGCGUUUGCCUCUCAUCAAAAUCGAAACAGUCUUCUACGAAGUGGAUCCGGGGGAUUUGACAAGACCAACUGGUAAAUUCGCCGACGACUUCAGGAGGCAUGAAGCGAGAGAAAAUCGGAGAACCGUGAAUCGUUGGAGGGAUGCACUGGACCAAUUGGUUAGCAUCACCAACAGUAAUUUUUGUUCGCGCAAUUGGGAGGAUGAUUCCAAGAUGAUCGAUGAUCUAAUCAUCAGACUAAUCAAUAUUUAUUUUUCUAAAUACUACACACCGGACGUAGAUAUAAUCGCAGAAACGACAGUUGGCCUAGACGCGAGCGUUCUGGGAUUGAUGACAGAUAUCGAUAUGAAGUACAAACUCAACAGUCUGUCUGGGUCUGUAGAAUCUGGAUUUGGACUUGAGAGAUAUGCACUUGAAGCCACAUCUGUUAUGGACGAUAUGUCAAAUGAAUCGCCUUCUCCCACAUCUGACGACUCCAACGGUCUUGUUGGGAUGUAUCGUCAUAAGAAAGCGGUCUAUGGAUUGCUUGAUUUGGAAUCUAAGAACCAGGUCCGUACAAUUGGCAUUUGGGGUUUCCAAGGCGUCGGGAAAACGACACUUGCUGAAUGUGUUUUCGACGACAUCUCAAGCCACUUUCAACACUACUGCUUCCUAACCAAUGCCAAUAAAAUCUAUCAGAACCGCAUCUCACCAAGUUUACUAAAACAUCUUACAAGGAGAAGGAGUUCUGAAGACAUAUUUGAUGCCAUCAAACCAAGUCUUGUAAACCGAAAAGUCCUGUUUGUUGUUGAUGGUGUUGAUGCUACUUACAAUGAACAAUUUAACGAUGCCAUGAAGGUUACCCGUUGGCUCGGUCCUGGCAGUAGAAUUAUCAUGACAUCUAGAUUCAAGUCUUCGCUUAAGUUCGGUGGGGCAAAAUACGAGAUGGAGUGUCUGAGAUAUGAGGAAGCUCUACAACUCUUCUCUCUAUACGCUUUCAAGAAAACUUACCCUCUUAUUGGUUUUGAACUAUUCUCCAUUCGUGCUGUCCACUUUGCUGGACGUCUUCCUCUGUCCCUGAAAGUACUCGGUUCAUUUCUAUAUGAUAAAGACGAAGAGAGUUGGAAAAGAACAUUGCACAAGCUAGAAGCAUCACAAGAUAACGAUCGUCGUUAUGUCUCUAACUACAUCGGGGCAGGUGAAUACCUUCCAAGACGUCAAAUAGAAUUGGAACAAUAUGUAAGUCCAGAUGAAGAAGAAUAUUCACCUUCAUAUAUCAUGUCACUUUGACAAUCAAAGUGCAUAAGCCUACUCGAAACAUUUGGUUAUGUUUCUGUUAUCUAUGUUGUUCGCUCAUUAUAUUAAUGUUGUUCAGCAUUUAAUAAGACUAACAGGGGGGGGAGUGGUCUUGUCCCUCUUGUAGUACCUGGAUAGUGCAAGGUGUUAGUAUCUAUGCAAAAGUUGCAAUUUACAUUUAUACUUCUUGUAUCCUGAAAUGCGAUUCCUAGGUGUUGUCGUGAAGGACUGAGAUCGAAGAAGAUAAAAUGUGAGACAAGAUGCUUGCCAGAGAUUUGAGACUUAAAAGUAGUGCAAUGACAUGAUUCAAUAUCAUUCUGCUCAGAUUUAACC